AUGGCAUUUACACUUCCUGGCAACGGCUUCAUCACUGGUGCUGCGAGCGGGAUUGGACGACAGACUGCAAUUCUCUUUACUCAACUUGGUUCAAGGGGGAUUAUUUUGUGCGACCGAGAUCGAAGUGGACUUGAGGAGACAAGAACUCUGGUUACGAGAGAAAAUCCGGAGACAAGAGUUGUCAUCUGUCAAGCAGACGUCUCGAAUGACUUGGAAAUAAGGUCCGUCAUACGAUCUGGAGCAGAACAGCUCGGUCGCCUGGACUAUGCUGUCAAUUGCGCCGCGAUAUCCAACCCUCGAAGGUUGAUUGGUGACCUGUCGGUGGACGACAUGAACAGGACGCUGAGUGUCAACGCCGUAGGCGUCUUCAGCUGCCUUUCAGAAGAAUGCAAGAUCAUGAGCCAGCAAGCCCCAAUCCCGAGUCCGCGUGGAAGACCGUCGUGUCGUGGAGCAAUUGUCAAUGUCGCGAGCAUCAUGGGUAUUUCUGGCAUGCCUGAAUUGUCACCAUAUGUAGCCUCUAAAUUUGCGGUCAUCGGCCUGACGAAGAAUGCAGCGCUAGAAUAUGCAGCACAAGAUAUUCGCGUCAAUACAGUUUGCCCUGGUCAGACUUUGACGCCAGCCAUGUAUGCCAGUUUUGCAGAGGCUGAAACCUUCGAAACCCGAGUGGCUGCGUUGAAGGACACACUGAUCCCCAUGAAGCGGCUCGCCGAGCCACAGGAGAUUGCAGACAGCAUUGCCUACUUGGUCAGUGAUAUGGCCAGUUUUGUGACGGGGCAGUCUUUGGUGGCUGAUGGUGGCUUUACAGCGCGGUGA